AUGUCAAAAGUAUCUUUCAAGGGGGGAGAUACACUCAUCUCACCUGAUACACCCAUACAUACAGUCCCUGUCACCACCGCUACCACAGCUUACACUGAAGAUCCCAUUCCGACCGACAGCGAAAGUGAAGGUGAACGAGAGACGGAGACGGAGCCGGACUCUACUUUCCCCGCUUCUGCACCAUUUACCGCUGAAUGGAAUAUACCCAGGUCAAAAACCAAGUACAAGAAGGAACACAAAGAAUCUGAUAGUGCUACGGAUAUAUCAACCUCGGAAACAGGAUUGUCCCUAGGAGAAAGUGAUAGUGAACGAGACUCGACUGAUGGAGGUACAACCAGUGGACUUCAGGGAUCUUCGACUUCAACGGCCACCGACGAGUCUGAGAUAGACAGUCCCAGUCCAUCAGAAAAUCAAGGAAGACUCAAAGACCAAAACGAGAAAUCAUCAAGAAGGGAUUUGAAGGGCAAAUCAUUAAGAGAAGGUACCGGCAAGAACACGAAGAUAAGGACAGAAGCUGUAAUCGGCGGGAAAGAAGGAAGAAUUAGAUCGACCAGUAAGCAUUCCGGCUCACAAAGCGUCGAAGAAGAGGACGGUGAGGAGGAUUACUCUGACAGUGAAAGCGGAGAAGAGGAUCCAUCCACCGCGGACGAGGAGGAACAAACAAAGCCACCUAUCCAAGCUAGACAACGGAGUCAGAGAACCUGGAAACACGAGAUGAUCCGCUUAAUAUCCUUAUAUCUCGUACCGGUCUUAUUGGCCAUACCUACAUCUCUUCUCCUGUCACUCAAUAUUCAGCUCCUCACACCUCUCUACAAUUCUAUGCCCCUUUCCCUGCACACCACACCGCUCGAUAUUGGAUAUACGAUUUUAUCAGCCUUGAUAUACUGGUUUAUCACACUAUCAAGCUCUGCAAGAGAAAUCAUAUCUGCAAGGGUAUGCCUCGGGUUGGCCGCACUAAGUGGAGAUAUGGUAGCAGUCUAUGGUAGACGGAUUGGUAUGUGGUUGGGUCUUCUGCUGGGACCGGAAUACGGUGCGGUAGCUUCUAGAGCGGUGAUGGGUAUGGGUAUCGUAGGAGGUGCUUCGGGUUUUGCAUUACUUUGCUUCGAUCAUAUAUCCCCUAUACUACCUGCAACCAAGCCUACAGAUCGACCCAGGAAUUUAGGUUCGGCUCUUUACAGAACUGGGUUUUACGCAUUUCAUAUUUUCACUUUUGAGCGGAUAUGGACGAGUUAUCUAAACAGCAACGUGUCCAUCCUGAAUAAAGACCCAGAGAAAACCAUCUUAUUCCUCUCAUUACUCUUGACUACGUUCUCCCUAUUCCUAAGAUCUAGUACAUCUUCUACCCCAUUCCCUACUCGAGUCAACAUAGUUCUUGCGAAAACACUCAAAAGAUCCAAAUCUACCUCUUCGAAAAUGACUAAAAUCUUACCCCGUCAGGCAUUCCCUCUUCUACUUCUAUUCCGAAUACCCCUCUUAAUCCUUGCACUACGACAACAAGUGUUCCUUCGUCCUUCACUGAACGAACCUUACCUGACGGCCAACGGCACAUUGAGAUUGAUAAGUUCGGAGAGAAGUUUGACAGGACAGGUCGUAGUGGCUGAAAAUCUAAAGGAUGGAUAUAGGUUUAUGAGAUGUGAUCAUUCGAUUUUAGGUGGUAGAUGGAUAAGGGAAGUUGCAGAUCGACAGGCUAAAGAUGGUAAAAGGAUUGAACAGGGUGAUUCGAUUUUCGCCACGUUCAAUUUACAGGAGAUAGCUGUCUUGGCUCAUCGAUCUGAUCCCUCGGAAUCACUCAUCAGGACUUUGCAGCUUACCACUGACUUGGAAGUCAGUUUGGAAGGUGAAGUGGAAGAAGAGAAAUUGCCAGAGAGAGCUUUGAUCAUUGGUCUUGGCGUAGGGAUAGCCGCUUCUGCACUUUCCAGAAGAGGGUUAUACGUGGAUAUCGUCGAAAUCGACCCAGCAGUCUACCUGGCGGCUCAGAAUCAUUUCCAACUCUACACUGCCAACGUCGCAUCGACCAAUAUUAUGGACGGAUCGAAGUUUGUCUCUCAAUUAGCAGAUAUGAAGAAAGCCCAAUCUCGACAAGUUGAUGAAGUAGAUGGAGAUUCGCUGGUGGUUGUGCCGAUGUGGGAUUACGUCGUACAGGAUUGCUUUACCGGUGGUAGGGUCCCUGGUGAGAUGUUUACUAAGGAAUUCUGGCAAGAUCUAGGGGAGUUGGUGAAGAGUGAUGGCAUUGUAGCUAUGAAUUUUGCCGGUGUACUUGGAAGUAAAGCAUCAAGAGCUGUUUUGGUCACUUUGACGUCGGUCUUCCCGCAAUGUAGAGCUUUCGGGGAUGGCUUUGAAGUGAAUCAAGGUCCGGAUGAUUUAGUUAAUAUGGUGGUAUUCUGUACUAAAACAUAUUCCCCCUUAUUGACUUUCCGUCCGCCAACACCAUUUGACGGUCUCCGAUCGCCCCUUCGAGCUCACGUAUACUCUACUUUCCAUCCUCAUGAAAUUCAGCUGGAUAGUAUAAUAUCGGAAGAAGAUGUUGAAAAUCCAGAAUUGCAUCUUUCCAGAGGACAGGCAGGAAAGGAACUUAAUAAGUGGCAAGUUGGAAGUAGUCUUGCCACUUGGAGAGCAAUGAAGACGAUAUUAACACCGGAAAUGUGGUUGGCUUAUUGA